UACUCCACAGACUGAGCUCAACUUUGAUCUGAGCUGAAUCCACUGUGCAGUCAUGGGGGACGCAGAGAUGUCCGUGUUUGGUGCGGCAGCGCCGUACCUGAGGAAGUCAGAGAAGGAGCGUAUGGAGGCCUCCACACGUACCUUUGAUAUCAAGAAAGAAUGCUUUGUUCCUGAUUCGGUGGAAGAAUUCAUAAAGGGAACCAUCGUGAGCCGGGAUGGGGACAAGGUCACUGUGGAGACACAAAAUGGCAAGACUGUGACUGUCAAAGAGGCGGAUGUUCUGCAACAGAACCCUCCCAAGUUUGAUAAAAUUGAAGACAUGGCCAUGCUGACGUUCCUCCAUGAGCCAGCUGUGCUGUUUAACCUCAAAGAGCGCUACGCAGCAUGGAUGAUCUAUACCUACUCCGGGCUGUUCUGUGUGACUGUCAACCCCUAUAAGGCGCUGCCAGUCUACAACCAAGAGGUGGUUGUUGCCUACAGAGGAAAGAAGAGGAGUGAAGCUCCUCCUCACAUCUUCUCCAUCUCUGAUAACGCCUACCAGUACAUGCUGGCAGACCGUGAAAACCAGUCAAUUCUGAUCACUGGAGAAUCUGGUGCAGGAAAGACUGUCAACACAAAGAGAGUCAUCCAGUAUUUUGCAAGUAUUGCAGCUGGAAGUGCCAAAAAAGACGCUAAUGUGAAAGACAAGGGCACCCUGGAGGAUCAAAUCAUUCAGGCUAACCCUGCUCUAGAAGCCUUUGGUAAUGCCAAGACUAUCAGGAAUGACAACUCUUCCAGAUUUGGUAAAUUCAUCCGAAUUCACUUUGAUACCAGAGGAAAAUUAGCAUCUGCUGAUAUUGAAACAUACCUUCUGGAGAAGUCUCGUGUGAUCUUCCAGCUCAGAGCAGAGAGAGAUUACCACAUCUUUUACCAGAUUCUUUCCAACAAGAAACCUGAAAUCCUGGAGAUGAUGCUGGUGACAAACAAUCCAUACGAUUAUGCCUUCAUCUCCCAGGGAGAAACCCAAGUGGCUUCCAUAGACGAUGGAGAAGAACUGAUGGCAACAGAUAGUGCCUUUGAUGUGCUGGGCUUCACGCAGGAGGAAAAAAACUCUGUCUACAAGCUCACAGGUGCUAUCAUGCAUUAUGGCAACAUGAAGUUUAAGCAGAGGCCACGUGAGGAGCAAGCAGAGGCUGAUGGGACUGAAGAUGCUGACAAAUCAGCUUAUCUGAUGGGCCUGAACUCUGCUGACCUAAUCAAAGGUCUAUGUCAUCCAAGAGUCAAAGUUGGAAACGAAUGGGUCACCAAGGGACAAAAUGUCGCUCAGGUGAAUUAUGCUGUUGGAGCUCUGUCUAAAGCUGUUUACGAGAAGAUGUUCUUGUGGAUGGUAAUAAGAAUCAACCAGUCACUUGAGACCAAGCAGCCACGCCAGUAUUUCAUUGGUGUGCUGGACAUUGCUGGAUUUGAGAUCUUUGAUUUCAACACGUUUGAGCAGCUGUGCAUCAACUUCACCAAUGAA